AAUUCAAAGUUUUUUUCUCUUUUAAAAGGUAUUACAUUACAAGGGGAAUCCCACUUACAAAGUUCCAAAACAUAUUUCAAACGUAAAGGCCGAUAGUUGGUCGGCCUUGGUCCGAUUUGCAUAAGUCACUAAAUUGGGCUAUUAUUAGCAAUUAUACUUUCUUCUUUGUAAACAUCAAAUACUAGUGAAUACACGUUGGAUAUUUUAAAGACACGAAAUGGGUUCGUACGCAGGUCAUGCUCUGCCUGGAAGUAUAUUUAUCGUUAUCGGUUUAUGGUGGUUGUUCCAUGUCGUGUUGGAUUACGCAGCUGGCUUUAAAGAAAAGAGGAAGAAUAGAAUGGACGACUCUGACAUAGUUAUUGGUUCAUGGAGACGCCUACCGUGGAAGCGUUUUCGAAGCAUUCCGUUUGAACCAGGGUUUAAACUACUUGGUUGUUUGGCUGGCAUCAUUGCUGAAGUUGGCACUUUACGUUUUCAACUGGUCAACGCAAAGGAUGAAUUCACGCGGCCAAAUAGGUUCUCGCAUGCCACAAUGUACGCAUUCUUUGCAUUCUCUGGCUUGGUCGAAAUAUUCAACGUGUACAAAGUUGUAAAGUUUUCAAAAGAAGCAGAGUAUACGCUCCUAGCGUUAGCAUUUGCCGUGGAAGGCACUUUGUUUGCAUUCCAUUUACACGGACGUGAUAUAUUUGACGUGCGUAUUCACACGCUAUUAUACAUCAUCAUAUAUUUGGCCGCUCUGGUCGUUCUUCUCGAAGCGUGUUUACCGAGGUUUCGACGCGAGCUCUUCGUCGCCCGAACCGUUCUCGUGCUCACGCAAGGAACGUGGUUUUGGGAGAUUGCUUAUACCAAGUUUGGUGCGAACAAAUGGUUUGGAAACGCGACCAGGGAUUUGACGGAGAAGCAACUCGCCUCUGACACCGAAGUGGUUACAACAGCCGUGAUGUGGCACUUAUUCGGGUGGCUGUCCAUCGUGAUGUUUUUUUGCAGUAUCGCCAACUGCUUGUACAAGUACGAUAGGCUACCUCAAUGCUGUUUCGUCAACGGAGAUGAUGGGGAAAGUUUGGGUUCUUUAAGAGAAGAUCUUUUUGAUGAAAAUGAACAGUCGCGUUUUGAUGAAGAGGAGAUAUUGCUCACGCAAGAUUCUUGAAAACAAUAACAUGACAUUUCAUCAGCAGCGUAAUAUACAAUUGAUUUAGGCGAUUUCAUUUGAGAGACUCUAGGAGGGAGAACAAACGCUAGAUUGGAACAAAGUAGAUUAUCUUUAAGUAUCGAGGAUAGUUUAUUAAGGCCUAGUUGAAUGCAAUUCAAACAAUAGACAAUGAGAUGGUAAACUUCAUUCAGCCUCAUUAUCAUCUCAUUAUCAUCAUUAUCAUCUUAUUAUUUAUUGUUUGAAUUGCAUUCGACGCGACUAAAAUGCGGCGUAU